CGUCCGGCUUGCGCCCCCGGCAGAGCCGUGCGGAGGCCGCCGAGAUCUCCCUCUGGACUGUGGUGGCGGCGAUGCAGGCGGUGGAGCGCAAGGUGGACGUCCACGCGGGGCGGCUGCUGGCUCUGGAGCAGCGGGCAGGGGUGGCGGAGCGGAAGCUGUCCGGCACGGAGACGGCCCUGGCCGAGUUCAGCCACCACCUCGAUGCGCUGGGCACCCUCGUCCAGGAGUACGGGCAGCUCCGGAGGCGGCUGGAGAACAUGGAGAACCUGCUGAAGAACCAGAACUUCUGGAUCCUCCGGCUGCCCCCCGGCGCCAGCGGAGAAAGUCCCAAGGUGCCGGUGAGCUUCGACGAGGUCUCCGUCUGCUUCUCCGAGCAGGAGUGGGAGAACCCGGGCGAGUGGCAGAGGGAGCUCUGCAGGAGCAUCACGAGGGGCCGCUGCGAGUCGCUCGUCUCGCUGGAUUAUGCCAUUGCCCGGCCGGACCUUCUGUCCCAGAUGGAGCGCGGGGAGCAGCCCGGCGCCGCGGAUCGGGUUCGUCCCGAGGAGGAAGGCGCCCCCAGGCAGAUCGGCACAGAAUUCCCGCCAGCCGUGGGUGACGCCAUCGCUUUUGUCCAGGGGGAGAUUGCCCCUGCGGUGGGCGGAUGGGAUUCGGAGGACGGGGUCCCAGGGGCGGACAGCAGCCCAGGUGCGGGCCUCUUCGCCCAGGCGUCCCCCGGAGACGAGGCGGAGGCGGGAGCCGCGGAGGCAUGUGGCGCGCGGCCCGAGACGCAGCCCCAGGCCACGCUCCCCUUCCCUGCGGAGGGCUUGGCGUGUGCCGCGGGGCAGCCGGGCGGCGAGGAGGCGGGCGAGUGCGGGCCGGACUUUGGCGACUUCACCACCAUCAUCGUCCAGGAGGGGGCGCUCCCGGGCGUGGCGCCCUACCUGUGCCCGGACUGCGGGAAGAGCUUCCUGUACGAGGAGCAGUGCCUGCUGCACCAGCGCACCCACCCCCGGGCCGCCCCCGAGCCCGGGGCCGGCCCCCCGCCUCGCCUCCGGCCGGGGGGCGGGGGCUACGCCUGCCCCGAGUGCGCCCGCUGCUUCCCGCACCCGGCCAGCCUGAGCAGGCACCGCCAGUGGCACGCGAGCGAGCGCCCGCACACCUGCGCCGAGUGCCGCAAGAGCUUCCGGCUGAAGAUCAACCUGCGCCUGCACGAGCGCACGCACGCGGCCACCGGUGGCCGGGCCGGCUCCUACAUCUGCGGCCAGUGCGGGCGCGGGUUCAGCCACCACUCCAACUUCCUGCGCCACCAGAUGAUCCACACGGGCGAGCGGCCGUACGCCUGCGGCGAGUGCGGGAAGACGUUCAUCCGCAAGGAGCACCUGGCCACCCACGGCCGCCUGCACACGGGCGAGCGGCCCUACAAGUGCCCCCACUGCCAGAAGAGCUUCACCCGCAAGCAGCACCUCGUGGGCCACCAGCGGCUCCACGAGGGCCCGCUGCCCUGGCCGGGGGGCCGCCUGCCGCAGAAGCCCCCGCGCGGCCAGCCGGACCCGGCCGGCCGGCCGGCCGAGGCGUUCCCUCCGUAAGCAGGGUCUGGGGUCCUGGCGGGCCACAUCCUGCUUGGAGUGGUGCUUGAGGGCCGCCGUUCCACAGUGGGCCGAAGGCAAAAACUGCGCAAAGGCUGGGAAGCCACCGGGGAGGGUCGGUGUUUCGGGAAGGGGGUGGGGCCGGGGAGGGGAAGGGGCCCUCUUCAGAGCCCCGGAGAGCCGGGCUUGGCUCCUGGACCACAGCUCCCUACACUCGCAUUAAAUGUGGCUGGAGCUCUCUGGCUGGGACAGAGACCCCCGACUGGAUGCCGGCUGAGGCCCGGCUGGGUGGCCCCCAGUUGGAAUGGGGGUGGGUGCAGCGGGCCCCAGGAAGGGCGUCCUUUGGCUAAGCACAGAGCCAGAUUUCCAUCCUUCCUCACAAAGGGGUGCGAGCCCCGGGGCUUCCCAGGUGCCUACUUUUUAAUUUUCUGACAUAAAAGUGGAUUCUGCCAUUCGGA